AUUAUUAAAAUUAAUCUAACAAACACAACAGUGUAAACAUUAUUAAACCUGUCAAACAAAGUGUAACAGAUAAGAUCUUUAACGACCAUAGACUAUAGACCUAAAAGCGGACCAUAGACCAAGAGUGACCAAAAACAGCGCAUUAAAAAAAACAAUACUUCAACGGCGAUUAAAGCAUACCAUAGACCAAGAGUGAGAGAGACCCGCCAAGACUCAUUUUAAAAACCAAACAAUAGGUCAACGGCUAUCGUGAGCAAUGGGUUGCAAGCUAUCUCAAUUGGCAUCAUCAGAGUUCCAUUCAGACCCGUUCCACCGGCCACCACCACCCUCGGACCCUAGGUCACCAUUGACAACUAAACAGCAGUACUGCAUGCUCGCUUCGUGGAAGGGGAUCUUUCGACAAAUAGAGAGUACCGGCAUCAUCUUGUUUGUCAAACUGUUCGAAGAGAACGAAGACCUCCUGCAUCUCUUCGAGAAAUUCCGAGAGCUUCGGACAAAGGAAGCUAUUGUGAGUUCUGCUGAGUUGGCUGAGCACGCGACCCAGGUGAUGCACACCCUGGACGAAGGGAUUAAGGGCCUGGGUGAUAUGGACUCGUUCUUCGCGUAUGUGCGGCACGUGGGCAGCACACACCGGCAGGUCCCUGGGUUCAAGGCUGAAAACUUCAUGAAAAUAGAACAGCCAUUUCUCGAGGCGGCAAAAACGACCCUCGGCGAUCGAUACACACCAAACAUCGAAAACAUCUACAAGCUGACCAUACGAUUUAUCCUAGAGAAUCUGGUGAAGGGAUACGAAGACGCUGGCACUGAGAAAACGAGCGAAACUUGAUUUGGUCGGAUUAUAUCUUGAUUAAAAUGCAGUAAUAUUAAGUGGAAGCGUUUUGUGCUCAUUCGUUAACUGGCUGAAUUUUUAUCAAACAAAAUAUGUUUCUGAAAGAUAUUUGAAAUUAUGUAUUUUUAUGCUUUUAUCAAUUGAAACUCCAACCAUAAUGUUAAUGAUACAUUGUACUUGUAAUAUAUAUACUUUUUUUUUUAAAUUUCACUUUCUCUUUUAUGGAGAUGAUCUUAUUUGGGCUGUUAAAGCUUAAUAGGUUCUCGAUGCGAAGAAUCCUUGUUCUAGUAAUCUAAUUUAUUGUAAUUUCUGUAACAAACCACAUUAAAAAAAUGAUCGAUCGGCUAUUUUGAUAGAUUUUGCUUUAUAUCCCGCAUCCUUUUCCUUUCCCUUCCCAGUAUUUUCAUUUCUUCUCCCUGUCAAUCCUUUCUUUAUUUUACACCAAUUAAAGGCGGCAAUCCAUUUUCAGAGACAUAAGCCCUCUGCAAAUAGCCUUACGCCUCUGUAAAAUACUCUAAUGUUUAUGGGCGGUGGUAACGCUUACCACCAGUUCCUUUGCCGACAUUAUAAAAAUUCUGUGGAAAAAAAAUAUAUGCAUAAAUUAUUUUUCAUAUGAAUCUGCCAUACAGUCAACUUGACCAAAUACCACCUUAAUUUGUUCUUAUUUUAUAUCAAUACUUUAAUGUAUUUCCGGUA